ACGAAGGGCUAAAGGACCAAUGUGGGCAGGAGUAUUACAGCCACAGCGCUCAGUCGCACCGAGCAAUAAAGAACUGAAAAGCGUGGUGAACCUUCUGAACCAAAAUGAACUUCGGAACACUGGUGAUUGCCGCUGGGAUCUUUGGAUUGCUCAGUUUCACCUGCCUUGCUGUAGCAAUUGGGAGCGAAUAUUGGUACAUCAUAGAUGUGGACGAAGUGUUCAACUCAACUUGGGAAUUCACGAGUUCUCACUCAGGAUUGUGGAGGAUUUAUGAAGAAAAGAAUGGCAACUACCAUGAUCUCUCCUUCUAUAUGGAUCUCUCAGAGCACUCUGAGCAGGUGCAGCACUUUUUAAACCUGCACCGGGUCAUCGUGAUCAUACUACCCAUCAGCCUUGUAUUGCUGGUGUUUGGGGGUAUCUUUGGCCUUGUGGGCUCUCUGUCUCACAGCUACUGCAUCCUCACUGCCGUGGCUACCUACUUCCUCAUCUGCAGCCUCUUCACCCUCUCUGGAGUGGGCGUGUACGUCAGCUACUCGCAGCAGACUCUGGAUGAGCUGCGACGGCUGGAGAGCGCGGAGUUGCUGGCACACGUGCACGUGUCCUACGGCUGGUCCUUGGCCAUGGCCUGCCUCUCCUACAGCUUGGAGGUGGCCACUGGUGCCCUGCUUGGCAUGGCCGCAUGGCUUGCCCAUGGGCAGCGCCAACGCGAGUCCGCCGCCACUCCGUCUGUGGCAUAGAGUAACUCGGCCCCCGAAGCCAAAAAUCUCCACUACGCUUCAUUCCAGUCCCGGCUCCGGUCUUCUGUCUUUGGUUCAGCUGCCUGUACAGAGAAAGAAAUGUGCAGAAUUCAUUCAAAGCUGCAGAAUUAAUUUGUGAGGAAUUCAUUAUUUAACAGGAACGACUGAAGACUGAUGAUAUUUGUCUCCCUCAGAGCCAGCACCAA